CCUGGUUGGCUGUCAGGGGCAGAAAUUCUGGAUUGGGGAUGAUCCAUCCAAGGAUGCCCUCUUCAGGUUUGGGGAAAGGGGAGUCCAUACAGUGUGCUUCCUGUAAUCCGAGGACCAGGGUAGCCCCUCUGGAGCUGCAUGGAGCAGCGUGCUGUGGCAGCGUGGACAUUCUCAGGCUGACUCUCCAGAGUGAACUGACAGGAGAGGAACUUGAACACAUAGCCCAGAAGGCGGGCAGGAAGACCUAUGCCAUGGUGUCAGGCCGCUCAACCAGUCAUUCUCUGGCCUCAGAACUGGUGGAGUCCAAUGAUGGACAUGAGGAGAUCAUUAAGGUGUACUUGAAGGGGAGGUCUGGAGACAAGAUGAUUCAUGAGAAUAAUAUUAACCAGCUGAAGAGUGAGGUCCAGUACAUCCAGGAGGCCAGGAAUUGCCUACAGAAGCUCCGGGAGGAUAUAAGUAGCAAACUCAACAGGGAUCCAGGAGAUUCUCUCCAUGAACAGGAGAUACAGGUGGUGCUAGAAAAGCCAAAUGGCUUUAGCCAGAGUCCCACGACGCUGCAUAGCAGCCCACCUGAGGCGAACACCUAUAUAAAUGAAGAUGCCGAGAGCUUGAGGAAGACCGUGCAGGACUUGCUUGCUAAGCUGCAGGAGGCUGAGCGGCAGCACCAGUCAGACCGUGUGGCUUUUGAGGUCACACUCAGCCAGUACCAGAGAGAAGCAGAACAGAGUCGUGUGGCUCUUCAGAGAGCAGAGGACAGAGCGGAGCAGAAAGAGGUGGAAAUCGGAGAGCUGCAGAGGCGCUUGCUCGGAAUGGAGACGGAGUAUGAGGCCUUACUGGUGAAAGUCAGGGAAGGGGAGACAGCCCUGGAGGAACUUCGAAGCAAGAACGUUGACUGCCAAGCAGAACAAGAAAAGGCUGCUAACCUGGAAAAGGAAGUGGCUGGGUUGCGGGAGAAGAUCCACCACUUGGAUGACAUGCUUAAGAGCCAGCAGCGGAAAGUCCGGCAAAUGAUAGAGCAGCUCCAGAAUUCAAAAGCUGUGAUCCAGUCAAAGGACACCACCAUCCAGGAGCUCAAGGAGAAAAUUGCCUACGUGGAAGCAGAGAAUUUAGAAAUGCACGACCGGAUAGAACACCUGAUAGAAAAACAAAUCAGUCAUGGCAACUUCAGCACCCAAGCCAAGACAGAGAACCUGGGCAGCAUUAGGAUAUCCAAGCCCCCCAGCCCAAAGCCCAUGCCUCUCAUCCGAGUGGUGGAAACAUGAGCGGAAGGAGAUGGACGCUGCUUUUGCCGUUGCCUGUCGCCUGCAGAGAAGCCCACCACCCCUGUAGGCUGUUAGCACUGGUUUUGACUUCCUGAACUGUUCCCUGGCUACACUCAGGGCUUGGGGUUCAUGUAUCCCGCCGUUUCCAAACUCCUGUCCUCUGUAUGCUGGGCGGACGGAGAAUGGACGCCUCCUCUGGACACUGCAGCCUUUUGGAGGACGGUAUCCUGUUGGCAGGAGCCAGGGCGGUAUCCUUAUUCCUGUAGUUACUAUUCUUCUCUGUAGCAGAGCCUCCCUUGUGUUGUAGACUGGAAUUCAGCUGCCCCAGAAGCCAGACCCUCUUCAUGUCGGGAGAGGGGACAAGAUUUGCUUCAGCCCUAGAAGCUGGAAGCAGAUGUCCACAGUGAUUGGAGAGUGUCCUGGGGGAAUGAACUUCCUUCUGCAAACACGGCUCAGCUCUUAGCAACAAACUGUUUUUCUGCUUGCUCCACCCUCAGCCCACGCUGACCCAGGCCUCCUACCGAUAGACGGUGGGGCUGCCUGUCAUGGCCUGGUCAGAGUCAGUGAACCUCAACUUUGACUGGACGGCCUUGUUUUCCUGGGGAGAAGGGAAUGGACAAUCAGGGAGUAGAUUUUAGAAGAAAGAUUCUGUAGGGGCACGGACAGGUACAUGUGACUUCUCUCUGCUGUGAAGACUCCCAGAAUCUCUUAGGGUUUUCCCCUAAGAUGCAGUGCAAGGUACACCUCAGUCUUCUUGACUCAGAGCCUAAAAACUGUUUUCACUGGGUUUCAUCAAUCUCCGUGAAACUCUGCUUGUAUUUAUUUUGCUAAGUUAUUGGUGUUUUUGCUUACAUCUCACUACUGAUUUAAUACCAGAGUUCUACAGCCUUCUCUUGUGGUGUUUGGAUUUGCUGGGAAAAGAAUGUUCCCACUGGACUUGUUGAUUUCAGAAUGACUUUGUUAUAAAUCUUUGUCUUUCUUUCCUCCGCUUGCUUUUUUCACUUCCUCCUCCAAACCUGAUCUGUACCUCAGGAAG